AUGUCGGAAGGCUCGGUAAACAGCGAAAAUGUGGGGGUCGCCUUCGGCUUGGUGAUUGGCGCCGGCGCUGCCACAAGUCUCGGGGCGGGGGUCGUAUUUGUACCCGCGCUUGUCAAACUGGCGUCGAGACGGACGUUGGCGGCUGCGUUAGGACUGUCCGCCGGUGUCAUGGUCUAUGUAUCUCUCGUUGAAAUUUUCAACGAGGCCAAUCGGCAUUUCGAAGAAGCGGGUUUUCCCACUGAUGAAGCCUACCUAUACGCGACAAUCAGUUUUUUUAGUGGAGUCAUUGUGAUGGUGCACGAACCCGAAGCCGGGUGCAGUGUAUCGGACCACGAGGAUUUCCCGGCGCAGAAAGACGAAUGUGUGGUGCAGGGCAAAGAUCAGAAAAAGCUGCUCCGGAUGAGUAUCAAUACAGCGUUGGCGAUUGGCAUUCACAAUUUUCCUGAAGGCCUCGCCACGUUCGUGGCGACGCUCGACAAUCCGCGGGUCGGCGCCAUUUUAGCCGUCGCCAUUGCCAUUCAUAAUAUUCCCGAAGGUUUGUGCAUUGCCAUGCCGAUUUACUACGCAACGGGCAACCGCUGGAGGGCUUUUGGUUGGGCCAUGGUAUCGGGCAUGUCCGAACCACUGGCGGCACUUUUGGGUUGGGCCGUUCUGGCGAGUUGUUUCACGCAAACAAUGUUUGGUGCGCUGUUUGGUGUAGUAUCGGGCAUGAUGGUAAUUGUAUCCGUCCGUGAAUUGCUGCCAACGGCACAUCGGUACGAUCCAGACGAUGUCGUGGUGACUUACUCGUUCAUGGCGGGAAUGUUGGUCAUGGCGGUCUCGCUAGUGCUCUUUUUGGUGUAAAACUACUGCAAACCGGCACCCCCAAAGCUCUUUCUCCAAACGAGCGUCGGCGAAAUAUGCACAAGUUAACCGUAAAGCGUGUCUUGCUGUC